GGCCGCCGCUCACAUCCUCCUGCAGCCCGGGCACGAGCAGCCGAGGCCGCGCGCACCUGACCGCAGGACCGCCGAACACUGAACACACACACACCGGACACACGGAGUGAGGCCACACACUGUGUAUCAUCCGAGGCUCGCAGUCACAAUGGAUGUCUUUCCCUCCUCUAUAUCCUGCUUUUUUACAAUGAAGCCGACACACAAACUCUACAUAUAUAGCUAGCAAUAAAUUAACAAUCCUAAUAAUUUAUCAAUAUCUUAAUAUUUUCUUUUCCCAUUAGACACUUUAGAUCAACUGAAAGUUUUAAAUAUAUAUUUUUUUGGUGAUUUUUUUAUUUAAAUAAACAUAAUACCUCAAACAACAGUGAUAAACAGAAACAGAUUGGCUUGGUUCUUCUGACUCUUUUGAAUAAAUUAGUAGUAAUGGAUACAACCACACUAGCAUCUUUGGCAGCUGCCACCACUGUGGCCGUGGCCUCUCAGACCGACAUGUCCGGCUACAUGUGGCUCCUGGUGAUCGGCUUCAUCAUCGCCUUCAUCCUGGCUUUCUCCGUGGGCGCCAACGACGUGGCGAACUCCUUCGGCACGGCGGUGGGCUCCGGGGUGGUCACUCUCCGGCAAGCCUGCAUCCUGGCCACCAUCUUCGAGACGGUGGGCUCGGUGCUGCUGGGGGCCAAGGUCAGCGAGACCAUCCGACAGGGCAUCAUCGACGUGCGCAUGUACAACGGCUCGGAGCACGUCCUGAUGGCCGGAUCCAUAAGCGCCAUGUUCGGCUCUGCUGUGUGGCAGCUGGCUGCGUCAUUCCUGAAGCUCCCCAUUUCUGGAACCCACUGCAUUGUCGGAGCCACAAUUGGCUACUCCAUGGUAGCCAGAGGUCACCAAGGGGUCAAAUGGAUGGAGCUGCUACGCAUUGUGUCAUCCUGGUUCCUGUCGCCGGUGCUGUCGGGAAUCAUGUCUGCAAUCCUCUUCUAUUUUGUACGCAAAUACAUUCUGAACAAGGCCAACCCGGUCCCCAACGGCCUGAGAGCCCUUCCUGUCUUCUACGCCAUCACGAUGGGCAUCAACCUCUUCUCCAUCAUGUUUACCGGAGCACCCUUGCUGGGUUUUGACAGAGUGCCAUGGUGGGGAACCAUAUGCAUUUCUCUGGGCUUUGCCUUCGUCACGGCUUUGGUCGUUUGGUUCGUCGUCUGCCCACGCCUCAAGAAAAAAAUCAAGAUGGAAAUAGCUGCUGCUCCAUGUGAAACUCCGCUAAUGGAGAAAAUCACCAACAAAAGUGUUCAGGCAGAGCAGGCCUCCGUGCCUCGUGACCUUCAAGAUCAGAUCCCCACGGCAGACAAGGUGGCUUUCAAACUCGGAGGCUCAGAGGAGGCUGAUUUAGACAACAACGACAUGGACACCAAGGAUCUGGAUAUCGUUAAUGGUUUGAACGGCUCUGUUGGCCCGAUGAUGAUCACCGAUCCUCACAGUGGACGGUCCCACACCAUCCACAAGGAUUCUGGGCUUUACAAAGACCUGCUGCACAAGCUCCACAAGGCCAAGGUGGGCGACUGCAUCGGGGACAGCGACACAGAGGAGCGGCCCAUCCGGAGAAACAACAGCUACACCUCCUACACCAUGGCCAUUUAUGGGAUCCAAGGCGAUCCGAAAUACAGGGAUAGCAUGGACGGUGGGCAGCAGAGGAGAUCGAGAGUGGACAGCUACAGCAGCUACAACUCAACGGCCACGAACGAAAGUUCCGUCCCGGAUGGGAAUGUGAAUCCAGAGGCUGGAGGGGAGCCUGUUCCGGAGGAGGAUGAGCUGGAGGUCGACCAACCGGCCGUUUCUCUGCUCUUCCAGUUCCUGCAGAUACUGACAGCUUGCUUUGGCUCCUUUGCUCAUGGGGGCAACGACGUCAGCAAUGCUAUCGGCCCACUGGUGGCUCUUUGGCUUCUGUAUGAGAGUGGCUCAGUGGUGUCCAGUGCACCCACACCCAUGUGGUUGCUCCUGUACGGUGGCACUGGUAUCUGUGCCGGACUAUGGGUGUGGGGCCGGAGGGUAAUCCAGACUAUGGGCAAAGAUCUUACUCCCAUCACACCUUCCAGUGGAUUCAGCAUUGAGCUGGCCUCCGCCAUGACUGUGGUUGUCGCGUCUAACAUCGGCUUACCUGUCAGCACAACCCACUGCAAGGUGGGAUCUGUGGUGGCGGUGGGGUGGCUACGCUCCAGGAAAUCCGUGGACUGGCGUUUAUUCAGGAACAUCUUCAUUGCGUGGUUCGUGACAGUCCCGAUCUCUGGGCUGAUCAGCGCCGCCAUCAUGGCCCUCUUCAUAUAUGUUAUUCUUUGAGGUUCCCAUUGUACAGCUACAUUGUUUCUUGAGCUGAUGGAUUGCUUCCAACAGUUUUUUGUUUGGCUCUGAUGAGCCUGUACCAAUAAAAAUGUCCCUUUGGUUCCCUUUUUAUGAUUUUUAUUGUAGUGUUCAGUGUCAGGCAUGACUGCUGUUUAAUCUCUUGUGGACGAGUCCAUGAACUAUGUAACAUCUAAAGCCACUGUUCAAAUAUCAAAGACUGUGAUUGUGUAUAUCUUUUUGUAUAUUUGUAAAAUAGACUUGUUCAUAAAAUCAAUCAGUUUUGACAGGAUUAAAGCAGCAACACUCAGAAUCUGUUUGCAUAUUUUAAUAGAGCAAAGAAUAAAAUUGCUGAUUUGUAUAAUGUAUUUUGCUCACUAUUAAACUUUUUGACACAGA